AAGGGCAGGUGGUUGGAGGACACUUCUUGGCAUCUUGGCAACCAGGGAACCGGUCCGAUCAAUGGUAUUCAGACGUGCAACACAAAAGUGCUUAUCUUCUCCAUCUUCCGCUCUUCUGCUUACUGGCAAGUCUCCUGUCUUCUCUAACCACAUCACUUCCCGCUAUCAUCGUCACAUAAAGCAUCAGCUUAGACGACUAGAGUGUCAAGAUGGCCGACAACGAAAAGGGACUGCCCGAAACCUUGGCCAAGGCCAGGUCCAGGUCCGUUGACCACGCAGAAUAUGGCACAUACACUCCCAACAUUGCUCUUAUUCAGGCUGCCGCAGCCGCUAGCGAAGAAGAGACUAGGCUGCCUCGCAAGGAGCUCGUGUCACGAUAUCUGCCAGCCGCCAUCUACAGCAUGCUCCUAAGCAUGGCCCUGAUUAUGGAAGGCAUGGACGUCGGUCUUGUCAACAACUUCUUUGGACAAAAGGCGUAUUUGAGGAGGUUCGGCUGGCCAGACGCCAACGGCAAGCAACAUAUUCCGACUUCGUGGCAAGCGGCCAUCGGUAACGGCAACAACCUCGGUAGCAUCAUUGGACUGCUUUUCAACGGCUGGCUUCAGUCCCGCUAUGGUUCCCGACGAGUUUACAUGGGUGCCAUGGCACUCAUGGGAUGCACGAUCUUUUCGUUGUUCUUCGCAGUCAACGUUCAGAUGCUUUUCGCCGCCAACAUUUUGUGCGGCAUUCCCUGGGGUAUCUUCCAGACCCUAACCACCGCCUACGCUGCCGAAAUUUGCCCUGCCGCAAUGCGAGGCUAUUUGACUGCCUGGGUUUCCAUGUGUUGGGGCUGCGGCUCAUUCCUUGCCGCAGGCGUUCUUCGUGGUUCCCUAGGUCUGAAGGGAGACUUGGCAUGGAAGAUUCCUUACGCCCUCCAAUGGGUUUGGGUGGUGCCCCUGUUCACUGUUGGCUUUCUCGCCCCUGAAAGUCCAUGGUACCUUGUUCGCCGUGGCCGCAUCGAAGAAGCCGAGAAAUCCCUACGCCGUCUUGCCCGCAAGAACUUUUAUACCGAAGAGACCAUGGCUCAGACAUUGGCUCUGAUGAGACACACCAACGAAAUGGAGAAGAUUGAGUCAGCUGGCGCUAGCUACCGCGAUUGUUUCCAUGGUACCAACUUGCGCCGCACAGGCAUUGUGGCCAUGGCUUGGCUUAUUCAAAUUCUCAACGGCCAGGCCAUCUGCGCCUAUGCCACCAUCUUCUUGCAAUCGGCCGGUAUGCCAGAGGUCCGAGCCUUUGACUUCAGCAUGGGUAUCCAGUCGGGCAACAUCGUGGGCACUGCAAUUGCUAUUUCACUCAUGGGCAGAGUUGGGCGUCGCGUCUUCUUCUUCUGGGGUUCCUCAAUCAUUGGUCUCCUCAUGCUCGUCAUCGGCAUCCUAGGUUUCAUCCCAGGAAAAACCAACGUUGCUCUCGCUGUAGCUGUGGUCAUGAUUAUUGUCAACCUGACCUUUAAGCUAUCGCUGGGUCCUACAACAUACACCAUUGUCGGAGAGACGCCCUCGAGUCGCGUUCGAGCUCAGACGAUUGUUCUAGGUCGCGCUAUCUACGUCGUUGGCCAAAUCGUCGUGCAGCAGCUCAACCCCCGCAUGCUUAACUCCAGCAGCGACUCUUGGAACUGGGGUGCGAAGACUGGGUUGUUCUAUUUCGGACUUUGCUGCCUCUGGGCUGUACUGAUCUUCUUCUUCCUCCCUGAAACUAAGAACCGCACUUUCGCAGAGCUGGACUACCUGUUCCAGAAGAGGACUCCGGCUCGUCAGUUCGCGACCACCCCCGUUGAUUUGUUCGAAUUAACUGGAGGUGAUAAUAGCGCCAAGAAGCUCGACGAGGACGACCUGAAUAGGAACGUUAGUGAACUCAACGAGAAGCAUAUUUAGAGCACACUUUAUUGGGACGCUCUCUGUCGCUUAGAUACAUUGAUCAAGUAAAGGCGUACCGCACUGUUGAAUACAUACUCCUGAUUUAACGUAACGUUAUUCGAAGGCUUGCACAUGCCUCAAGACUUGCGUUUACCUUGACUAAUCCCCACAUGCAAAUGAACAUGAACCCAGCUUGCUGC